GGGUAAAAUAAAUGGCAGACCAGGGUGAAGAAAAAGAGGAGAAGGCGGGACAGCCAAGCCAAAAUGGUGAUAUUGCUACAUCGACAGCUGCACCACUCAAACUGCCAAAGGCUGAGAUGUCAAAUGAGUCAUUCGACCUGAUCGAAGAGUCCAUGCGUCUUUUGGGUAUCAAGUCAUCUGUUCCUGCUACAUCAUCCAAAUUAGAACGAGAAACAGACGGACCAAUUGGUCCUUACGAUGUAACUGCCAAUUACAGUCGAGUGAGAUUUCCACAAACCACUCCAAGGUUCCCCCGAAUUGAUUUCGAUGACAGGCUUGAGGGACUUAUGGAUGAUAGAAAGCCCGCUUGGAAAACAUGGCAAGAGAGUGUAAAAGAUUCAUAUCACAAGGCCAAACGAUCAGUCGAAAGAAGUAAAGAUGAGACGCAGUUUUUGGAAUCAGCACUGAGCCGAACGAGGAAGAGCAGGGCUGAAAGUCCGUUUAGGCAGCUCGACACAAGUAGUGGAUUUAUACCGAGUAUUAGGUCGCAGAGUAGCAUUACCAUGCCAUCGCUUUCUGAUCGUUCUCGCUUCGUCUCCUCGUCCACAAGCAAUGUCUUCGCUAGUGGUUCCGGACCAUAUGCCGCUCCAGCGGUUUCAUCUUCACAAGGGACUGAAUCGAGAUAUGAGCAAAGAGCAAAUGAUGUUGAGGCAAUGCUACUAAAGACUGCUCCUCUUCCGGCUCGGAUGAAGGUGAUAACGGCAAAAGAGUUCCGCAAUGCUCCAGCUCCAUCGGCUGGAUCAGCAUCAGACCUGGAUGACUACGACUUUUCUCGAUAUGCUCCUAAACCGUAUUACUCUCGACCGAAUCGGGAUGAUCCCGAUUACUUCGAUUUUGACUUGCAACAUUCCGUAGACCUGUUCAGACGUCCAGAAGGAAAGUAUACUCCCAGAGGGCCUCAAGAAUGGGAAACAAAAUUGCUAGGCGAAGUAAGCGCCAAAGGGCCAACACCAGUUUCUGGAUAUAUGUUCACAAAGGGAGAUCCUGACUGGCGCACGAACGGCUCAUCUUACUUAAGCGCAGCCUUGCGGACACCAAAGUUCUGGGAGCAAAGAUUCGAGAGUUUGGGAAAGCAAGUGAGAGAAAGUAAUCCAAUCAGCCUCGACAGUAUAAACAGGAAUCGUCCUCAACCUAGCCGAUUCACUGAAUACGUUGAUCCUGAUUUUGAAGACUAUGAAGACCCAAGACUCGACGACUAAAAUGCCCGCAAGCUGUAUCGGCAACCUUCGUGUGAGAAGGUUGUGAUCAGUACGUGAUAAUUAUGUCAUUUUAGGAGGCUUUUCUUUUGUUUAUCGAGCUUACUAUUCUUUUUUCGAAAUUGGGUUUGUUAUUACAAUGUACACAAUUUGAUUCGCUACAAACUGCAACAAAACGGUCAUAAUUUACUGCCGAAAAAGCUCAGUUUGUACCCUUUCCCCAUAUCUACCGCGUAGUUCAGUUGUGCACAUCGGCUCCCGGCGUACCAACCAAGGCUUUUAUUUGUUUUAUCAGAGUGUGUUUCGCCUCAAUUCACUUCCUUUUUAAACUUUAUUUUGUGAUAUUUUGUUAUCAUUUGAUGUUCAAGCUUGACUGCUUUUACGUUAGUAAAUUUGAUACGGAAACCGCUGAAUGGAGAUCUAGUCAGUGUAUAAAGAAUGAAUUUUUUGUUGACUACAUAUCAUUUUGCGUAUAUCCUAUACUGUUUUAUGAGAAUUUGCGAUAAAUUUUUUU